CCGGUAAAGACCUGCCAAAACAGACAGGAAAUUAUUCACUGCAGACAAAAGAUGCCGCUACUCCGGGCGUGAUAGAUAAAUCAAUUUCGGCUUCACUAUUUGACUAUUUUAUUUAGCCUAGCAGGAGGAGUAGCUUACGCUAGCUCACACAGUUGGCUACCGCGUUUAAAAGAAAUAAUUUCUUCGUAAAGUAUUGCUUGGCAAUAUAACGUAACAUCAAAGAGAGACAAUGACAUGACGAGGAGAUAGGAAACCUGGCUUUGUUGCACGAGAAGGCUGCUUUUCCAACCUCUCUAGCCGGUGGCCUGCUGUAGCCAUGACGAUGCCUCAUUCCCAGCGUUGUUUGGGUCCAAAAGUUUACCCAGAGGUGCCCGAUGGCGGCUGGGGCUGGGCUGUGGCCAUGGCCUUCUUCGUGGUGGAGGUCUGCACCUAUGGGACCCUCAAGAGCCUGGGGGUCUUCCUCCAGGAUCUGAUGGAAGAGUUUGGGGAGAGCAACAGCCGAGUGUCCUGGGUUAUUUCCAUCUGUAUCUUCAUCUUUACCUUCACUGCCCCCCUGUCCACGAUGCUGAGCAACCGCUUCGGCUGCCAACGCGUGGUGAUGAUGGGAGGCUUCCUCAUCAGCCUGGGAACCAUCAGCUCCGCCUUCACCAACUCCAUCAACGAGAUGUACAUCACCAUCGGUGUUGUCUCAGGCCUCGGCUACUGCUUCAGCUUCCUUCCGACCGUCACCAUCCUCGCCCAGUACUUCUCCAGACGCCGGGCCCUCGUCACCUCCGUCGCGUCCUCGGGGGAGUCCUUUGCUUUAUUCACAUUUGCUCCAGCCUUCACUGUACUGAAGGAACACAUUGGCUGGCGCUACUGUCUGGUCAUCCUCGGCACCGUCCAGGCGUCUGUGAUCGCCUGCGGGCUUCUCCUCCGUCCAAUCAUCAUUGAGCCAAAGGCUGCAAAGGAGGACAGUGAAUCAGACAAAGAGUCUCUCUACCUGAAGCAGAUGCAGACUGCUUACGAGCUGGAGAACGAGCAAACCAGGACCUCCAUCAGUUCAGGGGUCUCCCAGGGUUCAGGGGACUCGGGUGUCACGUCCCUCUCUGCUUCAGACGGAGACCUGAGGACUGCAGGGGCUGAAAGCAAGGCUGUGGAGUGGGAGGUGCAGGACAAAGACUGCAGGGAGCCGUCUCUGUCCACAUUUCUCACCCCAGGCGAGGACAUGGAUGAGGCAGGUCCUCUCCAUCCUUCCAGACCCAAACUUCUGGACUUCUCUGUCCUUAAAGACGGGGCCUUUAUCUGUUACUCCCUGUUUGGCUUGUUUGCCACACUGGGCUUCUUCGCCCCGCAGCUCUACAUCAUCGAGCUGAGUAAGAGCCGGGGCGUGGAGCCCGGCAUGGCGUCCUACAUGCUCUCUGUGAUGGCCGUGGCCGAGAUCUUCGGCCGGCUGUCCAUCGGGCUGGUGUUGAACAGGGUCCGGUGCAGGAAGACCUUGGUGCUGCUGGGCUGUGUGGUUCUGCUGUGCCUGGUGCUGGUGGCCUUCACUGUAGUGUGGGAGUUCUGGGGCCUGGUGGUCUGCUGCGCCCUCUACGGCUACUUCAUGGGCACCGUGGGCUCCACUCACAUCCCCAUGCUGGCGGAGGAAGACGUGGUAGGCAUCCAGAAGAUGUCUUCCUCUGUGGGAGUGUAUGUCUUCAUCCAGAGCUUUGCUGGGCUGGCAGGGCCCCCCCUCGGAGGUGUGCUGGUGGAUGUCACCAACAACUACGGCGCUGCCUUCUACUCCUGCGCGGUGGGCAUGGGCCUCAGCGCCGUCUGCCUGGCGCUGGUCGGCCCCGCCAAGUCUGCCAUGUGCCAAAGACAGAGCGUAGACCGAGAGAAAGACAGGAGCAGAGACGAAGAGGAGAAGAUGUCUCAGGACAGCGGCCAGGCCGACUUUUUGGAGGUGGACUUGGCCCUGGACUACAGUCCGGUCCCACAGGCCGGGGAUCAGGACAACGCCUCUGUUACAGGAAGCUGACCACACCAUGUAGUGCCGGAGUUUUCUCUGAAGAACAAACCCAGUUGGACUGGUUCGUCCUGCUGCUUUCAUGUUGUGUAAUCCUCGAGACCCUGAAAGCUUGAUCUGGACCAAGUACCAUCCCCUCCGACGAACACACACAACGAAGCAAAAA